GGCCCCUGCUUGGAAACUCUCGACAUUAUUGCCACGCACGUCUACUUUUGGCCCCCUUCGGUCCCUCCCUCCCUCGCUCCCUGUGCUCUCUUGAGACUCGCAAACCUUCCUCAACUCCGCUUUCCCCUACGGUCUUUCGACUCUCCCCUGCUCCGUUCCCCUCUGCUACCCUAAAAAAUGAACUGAAAUCUCAACUUGUGUGUUCAUGCUCUUCCCUCCCCGUCUUCUCUUUGUAGUUCUCUCUUCGCCAUCGCUACAGGUUCACUUUGCACCUCGAAUGGUCAUGGUGACAACUGCGAGAUUUAUGGAAUGUACAAAACUUGUCUCUUUGCAUAAUUCUGGAAAACAAGCAAAGCAUGCGUAGACUCUCUAGAACGGGCUGUACCCUUAGAAACUGUUGACGAUACAGUUCUGCAAGAAAGAUAUGCUCUUGCAUAUCUGCAGACAGGGAUUUGAGAGUCAUACAAAAACCAUUCUCUGUAAAUCUACCUGAUUUUAAUUUUAGAUAAGUCAAAAUCUUUCUUUUCAUGCCUGAUAUUCAUCAUCAAAGGGUUUCUGGGACGAGUGGUUGACUUGAGACAGAAAACCAGUUUAUGGUGGAUGUUGAGGAGAAUCUGCAAGUCUCGGUUGAACGCUGUUUAAGCGGCACCUUCUGUUUGUCGAAUAGAAGAAGCCGCUGUUUGCAGCUAUGGGCAACAAAAGUGAAACCGUAACUCCUGCAAGACUUGAUUCAGAUCAUGUUGCUCUUGAGAAGAAUUCCACGAUGUCCACUCCUGUAGGGGCUGGAAUAAAAAUGGACUCUGGAGAGCGUCGUCUUAACGAGCUUGGAUACAAGCAGGAGCUUCGUCGUGAAAUGACACUUUUCAAAUGCUUGGCGAUAGCGUUUUCGACCAUGUCGUUGUUCACUGGAAUAGUUCCCCUCUUCGGCUACAGUUUCCUGUACGCAGGGCCAGCUGGAGUCGUGUGGGGUUGGGUGGUGGUUACUUUCUUCACGUGGUUCGUGGGUUUUGCAAUGGCAGAAAUCUGCAGCAGUUUCCCGACUACAGGAUCACUGUACUUUUGGGCGGCUCAUUUGGCUGGGCCUAAAUGGGGACCAUUAGCAUCAUGGAUCUGUGCCUGGCUUGAAACAAUUGGUCUAGUUGCGGGCAUCGGUACCCAGGCAUAUGCAGGAACUCAAACCUUGCAGAACAUCAUUCUGCUGUCGACUGGGACAAACAAGAAUGGAGGAUAUUUGGCACCCAGAAGUGUAUUUCUUGCAAUUUACAUCGGCCUCUGUCUCAUAUGGGCUGUGCUCAAUAGUUUUGCUUUGAAUUUGAUUGCUCUCAUUGACAUCGUUUCAAUGUGGUGGCAGGUUGUGGGAGGAACUCUAAUCGUCGUUUUGCUGCCCUUGGUGGCGACCAGCACUCAAUCUGCUUCAUACGUCUUCACAAAGCUGGAGAUUUCAUCGGAUGCAACAGGCAUCACAAGUCCUGUGUACAGUGUUCUGUUAUCUUGGCUUGUGAGUCAAUACUCUCUUUACGGGUAUGAUGCCGCCGCACAUUUGACCGAGGAGACUAAAAAUGCGGACAAAAACGGGCCUCUCGCAAUUCUUUCAAGCAUAGGGAUGAUUUCAGUCUUUGGUUGGGCCUUUAUCCUGGCUCUUAUUUUUAGUAUACAGGAUCCGGCUUAUUUGUACGACCCCACAAACGAAACAGCAGGUCGAUUUGUCCCUGCCCAAAUAUUGUACGACGCAUUUUAUGGGCGAUAUCAAAGCGGCACAGGAGCUAUUAUACUGUUGGUUGUAAUCUGGGGGUCUUUCUUCUUCGCCGGCCUUUCUAUAACUACCAGUGCUGCUCGAGUUGUGUACGCAUUGUCUCGGGAUGGAGGGGUACCUGGCUCCAGAGUACUGCGUAAAGUAGAUCGUAGAGUUCAGGUUCCGGUGAAUGCAGUCUGGUUCUCUUGUGCAUUUGCAAUUAUUCUGGGCCUUCCGAUUUUGAAGCUUGAUGUGGUCUUCACAGCAAUCACGUCCAUAUGUACGAUAGGUUGGGUUGGUGGAUACGCAGUACCCAUUUUCGCACGCAUGGUGAUUAAGUCGGAGAACUUCAAGCGGGGACCUUUCCAUCUUGGUGGAGCAAGUCGGUGGAUCUGCUUGGUUGCCUUCUUAUGGAUAUGCUACACAUGCGUGAUCUUUCUGCUUCCCACAUCGUACCCCAUCAAACUAGAAACCUUCAAUUAUGCUCCAGUAGCCCUGGGUGUUGUUCUGGCCGCUGUCAUGGGAUGGUGGAUGGUGGACGCACGACACUGGUUCAAAGGUCCGGUUCGAGAGAUUUUCCUCGGAGACGCCAUAGCGUAGUCCUCAUGUCUGCACCCAGAUGACACAAAACGUUGCCAAUUCCACCCUCGACAUGCCAUUUUCAAUCGUCUUCCUUUGAGACCCGUCCCUAUUCCGGUAGUAACGGCGUGCUUCACGUAAACUUCGUUUGUACGAGGUUUGUAAAAGUAUUACUCAUCAUUGAUUGGCUGCAUAUGCUGACAGUUCAUAAUGUUUCAAAUUCUUUUGCCACUCUUGAUAUGUAUCCAUGUAUUAAGAUUGGUAUUUUAGCUGUUAAACGAUCCCUGUUGAACUACCACGUCAUUGUUGUUCCUGGUACAUGAUUUCAUGAGUAUUCUGUUUUGUUAAAACAUCUUGGAAAUUAAAAGUGACCUUGUCAAUCA